AUGCGGAAAACUGAAUGCGAAAAGAGUGAAGUGAAACCGGAACGGGACUUGAACGAAGUGGAAGUUGAACCUGAUCAAACCUUUGCAAAACAGCAGCUAACCAGAUUUAACCAGUCCCAAUCAAGCCUGCUUGGUCUAACAUGGAACAAGCAAGAAGAUGAAAUCAGCAUAGUGAUUCCCAAAAUGGAAACAUCUGUAACGAAGAGAGAACUCUUGCGAAAUCUUGUGAGAAUAUAUGACCCACUUGGACUAGUUCCACCUGUCACUCUCAAAGGGAAGCAUAUCUACCAUGAGGCUUGUAAGCAGAAAGUACCAUGGGAUGUGAAGAUUUCAGAACCAAUAUUUGGUGAAUACCAACAAUGGGUGAAAGAACUCCCGGAGCAAGUGACUGUCCCUUGA